AUGGCGGCGUCCGGAGCCCGAAGCUGCAACCUCUCGGGCCUGCUCCCGGCUCAGACCUCGCUGGAGUACGCCCUGCUCGACGCCGUGACCCAGGAGGAGAAGGACGGCCUGGUCUACCAGUAUCUGCAGAAGGUGGACGGCUGGGAGCAGGACUUGUCGGUGCCCGAGUUUCCGGAAGGAUUAGAAUGGCUGAAUACAGAAGAACCUAUUUCGGUCUACAAGGAUCUAUGUGGAAAAGUGGUUGUCCUUGAUUUCUUCACCUACUGCUGCAUAAACUGUAUUCACCUGUUGCCUGAUCUUCAUGCAUUAGAACACACAUACUCUGAUAAAGAUGGUCUUCUGAUUGUUGGUGUUCACUCGGCUAAGUUUCCAAAUGAAAAAGUCCUGGAUAAUAUUAGGAGUGCUGUUCUUCGAUACAACAUCACCCACCCUGUGGUUAAUGAUGCAGAUGCCAGCCUUUGGCAAGAGCUAGAAGUUUCCUGCUGGCCAACUCUGAUCAUACUUGGACCCCGUGGAAAUAUGUUGUUUUCUUUGAUUGGAGAAGGACAUAAAGAGAAAUUAUUUUUAUAUACUUCAAUAGCUUUAAAGUAUUACAAAGACAGGGGACAGAUCAGAGCUAAUAAAAUUGGAAUAAAACUCUAUAAAGAUUCCUUGCCACCGUCACCAUUGCUGUUUCCUGGCAAAAUAACAGUGGACCAUGUUUCUAAUAGACUGGUAAUAGCAGACACUGGACAUCAUAGAAUUUUGGUCGUCUGGAAGAAUGGACGAAUUCAGUACAGCAUUGGAGGACCCAACCCUGGAAGAAAAGAUGGAAUCUUUUCAGAGUCAAGUUUUAACUCACCACAAGGUGUAGCCAUAAUGAAUAAUAUCAUAUAUGUGGCAGAUACAGAAAAUCACCUUAUAAGAAAGAUUGACCUAGAAGCUGAGAUGGUGAGCACUGUGGCUGGAAUUGGAAUUCAAGGUACAGAUAAAGAAGGUGGAGCUAAAGGAGAUGAACAGCCCAUUAGUUCCCCUUGGGAUGUAGUUUUUGGAAGGUCAGGUUCAGAAGUCCAAAGAGAUAACAUUCUGUGGAUAGCCAUGGCAGGGACUCAUCAGAUAUGGGCACUCUUGUUGGACUGUGGCAGAUUACCAAAGAAAAACGAGUUAAAAGAAGGAACCUGUCUUCGGUUUGCUGGAAGUGGAAAUGAAGAGAAUCGAAAUAAUGCAUACCCUCACAAGGCAGGCUUUGCCCAGCCUUCAGGUCUGUCUCUGGCCUCAGAGGAUCCCUGGAGCUGCCUGUUUGUGGCAGAUAGUGAGAGCAGCACAGUGAGAACCGUCUCGCUGAAAGAUGGAGCAGUGAAGCACCUCGUGGGAGGAGAGAGAGAUCCCAUGAAUUUAUUUGCUUUUGGUGAUGUUGAUGGAGUAGGAAUCAGUGCAAGGCUUCAGCACCCACUUGGAGUAACUUGGGACAAGAAAAGGAAUUUACUGUACGUGGCAGACUCUUACAAUCACAAGAUUAAAGUUGUGGAUCCAAAAACAAAAAACUGUACAACAUUAGCAGGAACUGGUAAUGCAAGUAAUAUUAUCAGUUCCAGUUUUACCGACUCAACUUUUAAUGAACCAGGAGGCUUGUGUAUUGGAGAGAAUGGUGAAUUAUUAUAUGUGGCAGACACCAAUAACCAUCAAAUUAAAGUGUUGGAUUUAGAAACCAAAACAGUUUCCGUGUUCCCAGUCUUCACAUCUGAAAAUGCUGUGGUGGAUGGUCCAUGUCCAGCAGAAAAACCAAAGACCUUACCCAAGCUACCUAAAUCUGCUCCGGGCGUUAGACUUUCCCCUGUGGCUGCGUGUCCCGGACAGACUCUUCAGUUCAAGCUGAGACUAGACCUCCCAUCAGGAACAAAGCUGGCGGAGGGAGCAUCCAGUUGCUGGUUUCUGUCAGCUGAAGGCAAUGAAUGGCUUCUUCAAGGACAGGUACCAUCUGGAGAGAUCAAGAGCAUUUCCAAUCAACCAACAAUCUCACUGCAGAUUCCUGGAGAUUGUUUAUCACUUGAGGCCAUUCUGUCUAUCAGCGUGUUUCUCUAUUACUGUAGCGCAGACAGUAGUGCCUGUAUGAUGAAGGGAAUUUUGUUCAGUCAGCCUUUACAAAUAACUGGUACACAGCAAGACUGCAUACCUCCAGUAGAACUCAAGUAUAUAUUUUAG